GCGAAGUUUAUUGGUCCUAAUUAGCUAUACCUUAGGCGUGCCUCACCGACUUAUUUCUUGUACUUCUUGCUUUCGAUCGCUAACCUUUUCCGUUCCCUCGACGCCGAUCGUACUUCUUCUUUCUCGGAGACGUGCCCCUUCGUUUGGGUUUUUGCACUUGCACCUUUAUCUGUUGUUUCUUUGCGCGGCCUUCUCGCGAUGGCGACGAAUGGCGGUAAGUGUUUCAAUUGUGGAGGUGACGGCCAUUUUGCGCGUGAAUGCGCUUCGAAUCGUGGUACCCCUGCUCCUGCUAGCGGUGCUGCUACAGGUGGGACCGCUAUGCCAGCCAGAUAUUGGACGCCACGGCGUAAUUUUGGGGAGGAGACCGAGGAGAAGGAGUUCAUCUGCCAACUUAUUCAGGAGGGAGGAACAGGUGAAGAAGAGGGAGUUUGAGGAGAAAAGGAAAAUAGACGAGUUGAUCAGGCAAGAAAUCGAGAGGAAUUCGGAAGCGUUGGAAGCCAGGGUGAUGGCUAAGAUUGGACGCCAGUUUCUCAUGGCGAGGGAAAACGUCAGAAGGGAGGAGGUUAAAUGCUCUCGUACUCUGGUGCAGAAUGUUAGGGAUACAGGUCUCGGUGAUUACGGGGACAAGGUCUGGAGGAGAUUGAGGAUGAAAUCGCAAAACUCUAUGAGCUGCGUGAAAGGAAGCGCAAGGACUUUGGCUGCGGAUAAGGUGUUCUUCGAGGGCUUCCGCAUCGUUGACGAUGUCACGGUGUUUGCAGCGGUCUCCUCGAGCUGUGAUGAGCAUAAAGUCGGGCAUUUACUUUCUCAGUUGACAAGGUGUUACGGAUCGAACAUACGAUUGGUCCGCACGGAUUCUUCGCAGGAAGCGUGGAUUUUUGCAGGAGUACAGAUCCACCGAGUAGGAUUACUUUUCAUAUUCGUCGAAGAAGGCUAAGAUUGGGGCGAUCUUGAGUACGCUGCAUAGGGUCUUUGGUUUGACUCAAGAUUACUGGGGCAGAUCACAAUGAAGUUUCACGGCACGG